AUGAUCGCGCCUCACGAAGCCUUUGUUCCUGAGGAACCGCCCAACGUAAUUAUGACCGACUCCCGCCCGACAGCCGACACCCGCGAUAACGACCGCGAAGCAUUAGAGCUCCGCUCAAUCCAAACGCAAGAAGACAAUGAUUUGGACUACUCGACACCAUCCGGUUCGUCUGGCGAAGAGCAUCGCGUGUCUACAUACCGGACUACGUCCCAAGCGGAUUCCCGUAGACGCGAAGCCCGCAAGGGCCUUUGGGGCCAGCUCUGUCGGUUCUGGGCUCGACAUGUCAAUAUAACCGUGCCGCAGAAGAGCAAUCGAGAUCACUUUGGUACGUUGUACUGUGGACACGCUGUUGACACUCUCAUUGACAUCAUCAAAGCCCUAGAAAGAACGUUCCUUGCGUACAUCCGCACCUCCACGGUGAUCGCUAUGCAAGGGGUAUUUGUUGCGCAACUUUUCCGUCUACAACGGCCGUCUCAAACUGUCGAUCGCCUGUCGUUUUACGAAGUCGGUAUCCCUCUUUCGGUUGCCUGUCACUUCGUGGCUGUUAUCGUCGCUUUGAUAGGUGCGUUCCGGUUCUGGAGACAACAAAAUGCUAUUGUUCGCGGGAAAGUAUAUGCUGGAGGGUGGGAGUUAAACUCGGUGGGAAUUUUAUCAUUUGGGGUCAUUUUGGCGAGCUUGGUUCUUAUUAUUAUCAUUUCGAUCCAAAUCAGUUUGAACCCCACUGCCCUGCCUUAUCGAAUAUUAUGGUCGUGA